AUUCAAUACUGUAAGCCACUAGUUCUCUUAAAGAUAUCUUCAAGGAGACAAUGCUUGAUUAGGAAAUCAUAUUCAGAAAGCACAAGACUCUAAUGAAGGAUCAUACACCCCUGGAGCUUGAAACGUUCAAUUCAUUGAAAGCAAAUGCACAAUCAUUUCCCCGAGAAACUGGACUCCCAACAAAUUCAAUUCCCAUGUUGGACUCGAGAGUGUCUUCUAGUCUGGAGUUGUUAGAAGGGUGGCAGGGCAAUAGCUAUAAAUUUCAGUCAAGUCCUUUCGAUCUUCAGCGUCUGCCUAAUCAGUAUAUGAGUCUUGUCGAUGAUAAUCUUCCAAAUAAAGUGAAGGUUGGGAAUCACUUAAAAGAAAGCAUAGCUGUAAAUUCUCUCCAUGGUGGUCUUUUUUCGGAUCCCCUGGAUUUGAGGCUUUCUCUAAGCCUUGGUGUGGCCAAAGGGAACAAGGAAGAUGAAGAGAGAAGUCGGUAUAACAAGAAAACUAAUGCCUGCUCCGGAAUUGUCAUUGAUCUGGAAGAAUCUACAGAAGACCGCAAAUGUGGAUGA